AUGACGGCUGUCCAGACUGACUAUGACCACAUUGAGAUACAACAACAGUACAGCGAUGUCAACAAUCGCUGGGACGACGAAUGGGACAACGAGAACAGCUCGGCUAGACUCUUCGAGCGAUCCCGCAUCAAGGCAUUAGCAGAUGAACGUGAGGCUGUCCAGAAGAAGACCUUCACAAAAUGGGUUAAUUCCCACCUGGCCCGUGUUUCCUGCAGAAUUACUGAUCUGUACGCAGACCUUCGAGAUGGGCGGAUGCUUAUCAAACUACUGGAGGUUCUCUCCGGAGAAAGACUUCCCAAGCCCACCAAGGGAAGAAUGCGCAUCCAUUGUCUGGAGAAUGUUGAUAAAGCUCUGCAGUUCUUGAAAGAACAAAGGGUCCAUCUAGAGAACAUGGGAUCUCAUGAUAUUGUCGAUGGAAACCACAGACUGACCCUUGGCCUCAUAUGGACCAUCAUCCUCAGAUUCCAGAUCCAAGAUAUCAGUGUAGAAACAGAGGACAAUAAGGAGAAGAAAUCUGCUAAGGAUGCGCUGCUUUUAUGGUGCCAGAUGAAGACAGCUGGAUAUCCGAAUGUGAACAUACAUAACUUUACAACCAGCUGGAGAGAUGGGAUGGCGUUCAAUGCACUCAUUCAUAAACACAGGCCGGAUCUGAUUGAUUUUGACAAGUUGAAGAAGUCAAACGCACACUACAAUCUCCAGAAUGCCUUCAAUCUUGCCGAGCAGCACCUUGGGCUCACAAAGCUUCUGGACCCAGAAGAUAUUAGCGUUGAUCAUCCUGAUGAAAAGUCAAUCAUCACUUAUGUUGUCACAUACUAUCAUUACUUCUCAAAAAUGAAGGCUCUGGCUGUGGAAGGAAAGCGUAUUGGAAAAGUGCUUGAUAAUGCAAUUGAGACCGAGAAGAUGAUCGAAAAAUAUGAGUCCCUGGCCUCAGACCUCCUUGAAUGGAUUGAGCAAACCAUAAUCAUCCUCAACAACCGGAAAUUUGCUAACUCACUGGUUGGUGUGCAACAGCAGCUUCAAGCAUUCAACACCUACCGUACAGUGGAAAAACCGCCAAAAUUUACAGAGAAAGGCAACCUGGAAGUGCUGCUCUUUACCAUUCAGAGUAAGAUGAGGGCCAACAACCAGAAAGUGUACAUGCCAAGAGAGGGCAAGCUCAUCUCCGAUAUUAACAAGGCCUGGGAAAGACUGGAAAAAGCUGAACACGAGAGAGAACUGGCACUGCGAAAUGAGCUGAUCCGACAGGAGAAACUGGAACAACUUGCACGAAGAUUUGAUCGCAAGGCAGCUAUGAGGGAGACCUGGCUGAGUGAAAACCAACGCUUAGUGUCUCAGGAUAACUUUGGUUUUGAUCUCCCUGCUGUGGAAGCCGCCACCAAGAAACAUGAAGCCAUUGAGACUGACAUUGCAGCCUAUGAAGAGCGUGUGCAGGCUGUGGUGGCAGUGGCGCGAGAACUGGAAGCCGAAAACUACCACGACAUAAAACGCAUCACUGCUCGUAAAGAUAAUGUCAUCCGACUUUGGGAGUAUCUCUUGGAGCUACUGCGUGCAAGAAGACAGCGCCUGGAAAUGAACCUUGGGUUGCAGAAGGUUUUCCAAGAGAUGCUCUACAUCAUGGACUGGAUGGACGAGAUGAAGGUGUUACUAUUGUCUCAGGAUUAUGGAAAGCAUUUGUUGGGGGUUGAGGACCUGUUACAGAAACAUGCUUUGGUAGAAGCGGACAUUGCCAUUCAAGCAGAAAGAGUGCGAGGUGUUAAUGCCUCUGCCCAAAGAUUUGCAACUGAAGGAGACGGCUAUAAGCCCUGUGACCCACAAGUCAUCCGGGAUCGUGUAGCUCACAUGGGGUUUUGCUACCAAGAACUGUGUCAACUGGCAGCUGAAAGACGAGCACGUUUGGAAGAAUCAAGGCGUCUUUGGAAGUUUUUCUGGGAAAUGGCAGAGGAGGAGGGAUGGAUAAGAGAAAAGGAGCAGAUCAUAUCUUCUGAUGACUAUGGAAAGGAUUUGACCAGUGUUAUUCGUUUGCUUUGCAAGCAUAAAGCAUUUGAAGAUGAAAUGAGUGGACGAAGUGGUCACUUGCUGCAGACAAUCAAGGAAGGUGAGGAGAUGAUUGCUGAGGAGCACUUUGGAUCUGAGAAGAUAAGAGAGAGAAUAAAGGAUAUUCAGGAGCAGUGGGCUAACCUUGAGCAGUUGUCUGCUAUUAGGAAGAAACGUCUAGAAGAAACAUCAAGUUUCCAUCAGUUCCAAGCAGAUGCAGAUGACAUUGAUGCAUGGAUGCUGGACAUCUUAAAGAUCGUUUCUAGUAGUGAUGUUGGACACGAUGAAUACUCUACACAGUCUCUAGUAAAGAAACACAAAGAUGUAGCAGAGGAAAUUGGAAGUUACAGAUCAACUAUUGAUGCUCUUCAUGAGCAAGCGGCUGCCCUACCCGAGGAGCAGUUUGAGUCUGCAGAAGUUCAGAGCAGGUUGUCUGGAAUAGAAGAGAGAUACAAGGAACUGGCUGAGCUGACAAAACUUCGAAAACAGGCUCUUCAGGAUGCCCUUACUCUGUAUAAGAUGUUUAGUGAAGCUGAUGCUUGUGAGCUUUGGAUUGUUGAAAAGGAGCAGUGGCUGAACAAUAUGCAAAUACCAGAGAAGCUGGAAGAUCUGGAGGUCAUUCAGCACAGAUUUGAGAGCUUGGAACCAGAAAUGAACAAUCAGGCUUCACGGGUAGCUGUUGUCAACCAGAUUGCCCGUCAGUUGAUUCACAGUGGCCAUCCAAGUGAGAGAGAAAUCAAAGCCCAGCAAGACAAGUUGAACACCAGAUGGAGUCAGUUCAGAGAACUGGUGGAUCGAACAAAAGAUGCCCUCAGUUCAGCCCUUAGUAUUCAAAAUUACCACCUUGAGUGCAAUGAGACAAAGUCCUGGAUUAGGGAAAAGACCAAAGUCAUUGAGUCCACUCAAGAGCUGGGUAAUGACCUGGCUGGAGUUAUGGCUCUUCAGAGGAAAUUAACAGGCAUGGAACGUGACUUAGCUGCUAUUGAGGCCAAAUUGACUGAUCUCCAGAAGGAAGCAGAGAAACUGGAGGCUGAGCACCCAGAUCAAGCUCAUGCCAUUAUGAAUAGACUUGCAGAGAUCAAUGAAGUUUGGGAAGAAAUGAAAACCACCUUGAAAAACAGAGAAGAGUCCCUUGGUGAAGCCAGCAAGCUCCAACAAUUCCUGCGUGACUUAGAUGACUUCCAGUCAUGGUUAUCAAGGACCCAGACAGCUAUUGCCUCAGAAGAUAUGCCAAACACUUUAGCCGAGGCUGAAAAGUUACUCACACAGCAUGAAAACAUCAAGAAUGAAAUUGACAACUAUGAGGAGGACUACCAGAAGAUGAGAGACAUGGGCGAAAUGGUGACACAAGGACAGACAGAUGCACAGUACAUGUUCUUGCGCCAGCGUCUCCAGGCUCUUGAUACUGGAUGGAAUGAGCUUCACAAAAUGUGGGAGAACAGACAAAACCUCUUAAGCCAGUCCCAUGCCUACCAACUCUUCUUACGAGAUACCAAGCAGGCAGAAGCUUUCCUUAAUAACCAGGAAUAUGUCUUGGCCCACACCGAGAUGCCAAAUAACUUGGAAGCUGCUGAAGCUGCCAUCAAGAAACAGGAAGACUUUAUGACCACCAUGGAUGUCAGCGAGGAGAAAAUCAAUGCCGUUGUAGAGACUGGAAGGAGACUGGUCAACGAUGAAAACAUAAAUUCUGAUAAGAUUGAAGAAAAGGUCGAUUCAAUUGACAGCAGGCAUAAGAGAAAUCGAGAAGCAGCAAACGACCUGUUGACACGUCUGAAGGACAACCUGGACAUGCAGAAGUUUUUGCAGGAUUGCCAAGAGCUGUCCCUAUGGAUUAAUGAGAAAAUGCUCACUGCUCGAGAUAUGUCUUACGACGAGGCCAGAAACUUGCAUAGUAAAUGGCUGAAGCAUCAAGCUUUUAUGGCAGAACUGGCUUCCAACAAAGAAUGGCUUGACAAAAUAGAAAAGGACGGAAAUCAGCUUAUUUCAGAGAAGCCAGAAACUGAAGCCAUAGUGAGGGAGAAGAUGACAACCCUAAAAACAAUGUGGCAAGAACUGGAGUCCACCACCCAGACAAAGGCCCAGACACUUUUUGAUGCCAACAAAGCUGAACUUUUUACCCAGAGCUGUGCAGAUUUGGACAAGUGGCUCCACGGCUUGGAGAGUCAGAUUCAUUCUGAUGAUUAUGGAAAGGAUCUUACCAGCGUCAAUAUCCUGUUGAAGAAACAGCAGAUGCUAGAAAAUCAGAUGGAUGUCCGUAAGAAGGAGGUAGAAGAACUUCGGAGCCAAGCGCAAGCCCUCAGCCAGGAGGGAAAAAGCCCUGAUGAAGUGGACGGCCAGCGUGUGGUAGUGGAGCAUAGAUUUGUAGAGCUGCUUGCACCCUUAAAUGAAAGGAAAAAGUACCUCUUGGCUUCUAAAGAGAUCCAUCAGUUUAAUCGAGAUGUGGAGGAUGAAAUUCUAUGGGUUGAGGAGAGAAUGCCUAUUGCAACAUCCACUGACCACGGACACAACCUCCAGACUGUGCAGCUGCUAAUGAAGAAGAAUCAGACUCUUCAGAAGGAGAUCCAAGGGCACCAGCAUCGCUAUGAAGAUAUCUUUGAAAGGAGCGAGAAUAUCUUGGAAGACUAUACCCUUAAUGCAGAGCCAAUCCAGCAGCGGCUUGCGGAUCUUCAGGCUCUAUGGAACCAGCUGAUUGAAGAAACCGAGAAGAGACAUAGGCGGCUGGAAGAGUCGCACAGGGCUCAGCAAUACUACUUCGAUGCUGCUGAGGCAGAGGCCUGGAUGAGCGAGCAAGAGCUUUAUAUGAUGUCUGAAGAGAAAGCAAAGGAUGAACAGAGUGCUGUGUCGAUGCUGAAGAAGCACCAAAUACUGGAGCAGGCGGUGGAGGAUUAUGCAGAGACCGUGCACCAGCUUUCCAAAACGAGCAGGGCUUUGGUGGCAGAUGGACAUCCGGAAAGUGAGCGCAUCAGCAUGCGUCAGUCGCAAGUGGAUAAACUUUAUGCAGGUCUGAAAGACUUGUCUGAAGAGAGGAGAGGAAAACUGGAUGAGCGACACAGGCUGUUCCAGCUCAACCGCGAGGUGGAUGAUCUGGAGCAAUGGAUUGCGGAGAGGGAAGUUGUUGCAGGUUCCCAUGAAUUGGGUCAAGACUACGAACAUGUUACAAUGUUACAGGAAAGGUUCAGGGAGUUUGCACGUGAUACUGGCCACAUUGGGCAGGAAAGGGUGGAUACUGUCAAUCACAUGGCCGACGACCUUAUAAAUUCAGGACAUUCCGAUGCUGCCACUAUAGCAGAAUGGAAGGAUGGUCUCAAUGAGGCCUGGGCAGACCUGCUUGAACUCAUUGAUACCAGAACACAGAUACUGGCUGCCUCAUAUGAACUGCAUAAAUUCUAUCACGAUGCUAAAGAGAUCUUCGGUCGAAUACAGGAUAAGCAUAAGAAGCUUCCGGAGGAGCUCGGGAGGGAUCAGAACACAGUAGAAACACUACAGAGGAUGCACACAACCUUCGAACAUGACAUCCAGGCCUUGGGCACACAGGUGAGACAACUGCAAGAAGAUGCAACACGACUGCAGGCCGCUUAUGCAGGAGAUAAAGCUGAUGAUAUCCAGAAAAGGGAGAGUGAAGUUCUGGAGGCCUGGAAGGCAUUGCUGGAUGCAUGUGAGGGACGGCGGCUCAGGCUGGUGGACACAGGAGAUAAAUUCCGGUUCUUUAGCAUGGUUCGUGACCUCAUGCUCUGGAUGGAAGAUGUCAUUCGCCAGAUUGAAGCUCAAGAGAAGCCAAGGGAUGUUUCUUCAGUAGAAUUACUAAUGAAUAAUCACCAAGGCAUUAAAGCAGAGAUUGAUGCCAGAAACGACAGCUUUACGACAUGUAUUGAGCUUGGCAAGUCCCUUUUGGCAAGAAAGCACUAUGCAUCAGAAGAGAUAAAAGAAAAGUUACUGCAACUGACUGAGAAGAGGAAAGAGAUGAUUGACAAGUGGGAGGACCGGUGGGAAUGGCUAAGACUGAUUCUGGAGGUACACCAGUUUUCCCGAGAUGCCAGUGUUGCAGAGGCCUGGUUAUUGGGACAGGAGCCAUAUCUGUCAAGUCGUGAAAUAGGCCAGAGCGUAGAUGAAGUGGAAAAACUUAUCAAAAGGCAUGAAGCAUUCGAGAAAUCUGCAGCCACUUGGGACGAGAGGUUUUCAGCCUUGGAAAGACUUACUACGUUGGAAUUGUUGGAAGUACGUCGAAUGCAGGAAGAAGAGGAGAGGAAGAGGAAGCCUCCAACUCCUGAGCUGAGUCCUAAGGUUUCAGAUGAAGGGGAUUCACCACAACAAUGGGAUGGAACAAAAGAAGGAGAACAAAUUUCCCAAAAUGGAUUGCCAUCUGACCAAGAUUCACCACGGAUGGCAGAAAAUGCUGAAACCAAUGAAAUGGUUAAUGGAUCCACAGAGCAGAGGUCAAGUUCAAAAGAAUCCAGUCCAAUCCCUUCACCAACUGCUGACCGCAAAUUGAAAUCGGGCAUGCAGCCGCAGACCGCCUCCACUCUACCAGCCAAGACGCAGGACAUUCCUUCUGCUCAGUUUGAAGGUCUCUUGCAUCGCAAACAUGAAUGGGAGGCCCAUAAUAAGAAGGCCUCCAGCAGGUCUUGGCACAAUGUAUAUUGUGUGAUAAGUAACCAAGAAAUUGGAUUUUAUAAAGACUCCAAAACCGCUGCAUCCGGAAUUACCUAUCACAACGAGAUCCCGGUGAAUCUGAAGGAAGCCGCCUGUGAAGUAGCCACCGACUACAAGAAGAAAAAACAUGUGUUCAAACUGAAACUGAAUGAUGGUAAUGAAUACCUCUUCCAAGCCAAAGAUGAUGAGGAAAUGAACACAUGGAUCCAGGCGAUCACAAACGCAAUCACAGUAGAUAAAACAGAGGUGUCUCUGAGCACGCAGAGCACGCCAGCGUCCAGCCGAGCCCAAACUCUGCCAGCCAGCGUAACGGUCACCACAGAGUCCAGCCCUGGCAAGAGGGAGAAGGACAAAGAGAAGGACAAGGAGAAGAGAUUUAGUCUCUUUGGGAAAAAGAAGUGAACCACAGCCUAAAAUAAACAAAAAUCCUAAACCACUGCACUUCUAUUACAUUAUUAUUUUCUUUCAGUGAAAUGUCAGCAUGCAAAGCUCAGAACCAAUACAUUACUCCGUGCCUAAUGUUCCCCCGACAUGAUUAAUAAAUAAAUAAAAAAAAUAAAAAAAGAAUAUUUAUAGUAUGCUAAAGUGGUUAUGGAGACACACACACAAGUUUGAGGGACAUUGGGCAUCUGGAUGAGAGAGAGGACCAUUUUUUCAUUUUAUUCCCCCCCCCCCCCCCCAAGGCAUUGUAGAAUAACCCUAAAUAUUUAAACACGCCCUCAAUUUUGUGAGGCUGUCUUGACAACGACCCGACCUUACGAAUAUUGAUAAGAUAUGCAAGGCAGCGGUGCUUUAAUUCUUGAUUAAAAGUGUGAUUGUUCACAUCACCGACAGAUGUAUAAAGCUCAGACCCAUCGUUCACUACCAUUCCCACGAGAGAGAGCUAGCAUGGAGUUUUUGAGAUCCUUCGAUGUGGUAGCAGAGUGCAGACACUUUUUUUUUGUUUUGUAUUUUUUUUGCCAGUAGAUUGAUUGGGAACCUACUUAUUAACACGGCACGGCUUUCAAGCGUCACGUGUGUAUUCUCCGAAUGUUGGUGUUUAAGGAGAGGAUUAGCAGUUUUAAAUACUCCUGUCAUUUUACAACUUUUUCCGUUUUUGUUUAUAUAUUUCCCCUUCUUCUUUUUUUGCUGAAAUACACUAUAUUGUAUGUUUCUGAUUUAAUUCUAGUACAACCUAUAACUAGAUGUAUAAUAAACCCUUUAAAGGAACCAUUGAUGUUAAAUGUACAAGUGAAAUGAAGCAUUUACUGGAACAAAAAAGUAAUGUUACUCAAUUACUUGCUUGUCAGCUACAGCACUGUGUUAUAAUUUUGCUACAUUAUUUUGCUAUUUGAUACAUAGUGUGCAUUUCUCUGUCACUGUAACUAUUGUAAUGAAAAUUUACAUUUUACUGCACAAUCAGAAUGACGUUUAUUAGGAAUGAUUCCCCCUUUUCUCCCUCAAUGACUGGGGCCUGUAUUCCUGGAACUGGCUUUCAGUUGAAUGGAACUGUACUGUUAGAGUCCGGGUAUCCCCCCCGGUGCACUUUUUGACCAUUGCUUAACUCCAACCUCCAUUAUGCACUCCGCCUGCCUGUGACGUUUGGAGGUGCAGUUGAACGACAGUCGGAUUGCUGAGGGUUGCUGAUCCCUUGCUCUAGGAUUUUGCCCUAUCUGUUAAAUAUAUGCUUAUGUCAUUAAAUGCUUUUAAAAAUGACA